AAGUAGUAAAAUGAUUCCGAGUGUUGUUGAAGGCACCAUAACAGCUAUCCAACCUUGCUAGUUUUAGCUAGCAUGUUGGCUAAUGCGGAUACAAUACCUAGCUACAUACGACGUUAAAUUAUACGGAAAAGGACAUCCUGUAAAACAAAGCAAAAGGAUUAUAGCCUUUUUUCCUUUGUGAUCCCGAUUAACCCACUGAAGCCAUGACGGACUGUCCUGCUCAGCCUACUUUAUCAACAAACAUCAAUGUUAGCUGCGCAAUGAGCAGCGGUCGCUAAGCUGAUUUUGGCCAACUAAAUUAGCUGCAUGCUAGUUUUCCAUAGCCUCAAAUGCUUCAAUGAAUGGGGGUUGUCGCACGGAGUGAAGACACCAGUCAACAGUGUACGCUUGCUAUUAGCUUCCUCCUUGUUGUGGUCCAGUUCGGCUUGUAUCAGGUGCUCAAAGAAGUGGACGUGAAGACGAGAGUUUUUAUUAAAGCCGUACGCGCGAGCCUGAUUACGUUAGCUAGCUAACCAAUGAACAUUAACGUUACCAGCUAGCCACAAGACCGCGAAUAACUUUGUUGGAAAUGCACCAUCGCGAAGAAAUCAUGCAUUACCCAGGUACAUAGACUUAGCAAUAGCAAUGCUAGCUUGCGUAACGUUAACAUAAUAUUACAGCCAACAUUGUAAGGAUAAAGCCGGGGUGUUUUUGUUUACAAACUUCUUUUCAAAUUCUGGGAUUGUCCCUGGCCCAAGUCUCCACUGCAGAGCUGUUUUUGGGUGAAGUUAUCAUCUGUGAGAAAAGGAAUGAUGGCGUUUCGGACUAACCCUGCCCUCCGUCCCAGGUAGGGGAGUGGUGCUGAAGACUCCCCGGCCUUUCCUGGCCCGCUGAUCACGGAUGAUGGGAUAACAUUGAUCAUUAGGAGCUUGGUUGUUGUAUCAAUGCAUUCACUUUCAAACCAGAUUAUGACACUCCAUCGCGACUGGGAUGCCCUGACAUUGAAGUAAAUAGCUAUCUAGGCGAUUUAAAGGAUCAUGAUGGACACAGAGGAAGUUCCCCAAGACGACAAUUGUUGGAAAUAAUCAUGGACUGUUGAGCUCAACUCGGUGCAUUUUUAUCAAAUAGUAUUUUUAAAGACUGUUUUCACUGGCACCACACCAACAUGUCAGCAUUUGCCGAGUUCGUCCCCCCACCUGAAUGCCCGGUUUUUGAGCCGACUUGGGAGGAUUUCUCGGAUCCUUUAGGAUUUAUCAACAAGAUCCGACCCAUUGCAGAGAAAACGGGCAUCUGCAAGAUUCGACCCCCCGAGGACUGGCAGCCUCCGUUCGCUUGCGAUGUACGCAACUUCCGCUUCACUCCUCGAGUACAAAGACUAAAUGAACUGGAGGCCCUCACUCGGGUUAAGCUCAACUUUCUGGAUCAAAUCGCUAAGUUCUGGGAGCUGCAGGGAUCUAAGACACGAUUUCCUCACGUGGAGAGAAAAGUUUUGGACCUCUAUCAGCUCAGCAAGAUUGUUUCCUCAGAGGGUGGCUUUGAGAAUGCGUGUAAAGAGAAGAGGUGGUCCAAGGUGGCUAGCCGGAUGGGCUUCCCAGCUGGGAAAGGCACCGGCUCACUGCUGCGCUCCCACUAUGAGAGGAUCCUUUAUCCAUAUGAACUCUUCCAGUCUGGGGCCACGCUGACUGGCAUCCAGCGGCUAUACGAGGAAGGCGAUGAUGUGGAAGAGGUCGAUGAGGGAGUUGGUGAGGAGGCAGUGGAGGAUGAGGAGCAAGAUGAGGAGGAGGAGGAGGAUAAGGAGAAAGAUUGGGAGGGUGAUGCCAUGCAGACCAAGGAGCGGCUUCUGCCUGAGAGACGCUCCAGGCGCCUUAAGUCUGAGAGGGAAAACAAGGAGCCAAAAGGCCUAAAGAUCUUUGGUACAAGUCCCAAGAUGGUCGGCUUGGAGAUUGUAUCAGCUGAUGACGGAUUCAACAGGAAGCAGCGUCACCUCAAAGCCCAGGCCUUUGCCAUUAAAAUGAGACCACGCAAGGAGACCCUAGAGGUCAACUUUAUCCCCCAGAUUGACCUGUACCUCUGCCUGGUGUGUGGCCGGGGCGAUGAGGAGGACCGUCUCCUGCUGUGUGACGGCUGUGACGACAGCUACCACACCUUCUGCCUGAUCCCACCUCUACAGGAUGUGCCCAAGGGGGACUGGCGCUGCCCUAAAUGUGUUGCUGAGGAGUGCAGUAAGCCCAGGGAGGCAUUUGGCUUCGAGCAGGCAGUGAGGGAGUACAGUCUCCAGAGCUUUGGAGAAAUGGCUGACCACUUCAAGUCUGACUAUUUCAACAUGCCUGUUCAUAUGGUCCCCACAGAGUUGGUGGAGAAAGAGUUCUGGCGCCUGGUCAGCAGCAUUGAGGAGGAUGUCAUCGUAGAGUACGGAGCUGACAUUAGCUCCAAGGAGGUGGGCAGCGGGUUUCCUGUCAGGGACGGUAAAAGGAGACUAAUGGGAGAUGAAGAGGAGUAUGCCAACUCAGGUUGGAACCUGAAUAACAUGCCAGUGCUGGAGCAGUCGGUGCUCACCCACAUCAAUGUGGACAUCUCGGGUAUGAAGGUGCCCUGGCUCUACGUGGGCAUGUGUUUCUCUUCCUUCUGCUGGCACAUCGAGGACCACUGGAGUUACUCCAUAAACUUCCUGCACUGGGGUGAACCGAAGACUUGGUACGGCGUGCCGGCCUCUGCAGCCGAGAAACUGGAGGCCGUUAUGAAAAAGUUGGCUCCAGAGCUGUUUGACUCCCAACCUGACCUCCUCCACCAACUGGUCACCAUCAUGAAUCCCAAUGUCCUCAUGGAGCAUGGUGUCCCUGUGUACAGGACCAAUCAGUGUGCAGGGGAGUUUGUGGUGACCUUCCCCAGGGCCUAUCAUAGCGGCUUCAACCAGGGCUACAACUUCGCAGAGGCUGUUAACUUCUGCACCGCUGACUGGUUACCUAUGGGUCGUCAGUGUGUGGCCCAUUACCGACGCCUUCACCGCUACUGCGUCUUCUCCCACGAGGAGCUGCUGUGCAAGAUGGCUUCUGAUCCAGAGAGUCUUGAUGUGGAGCUAGCUGCUGCUGUCUUCAAGGAAAUGGGAGAAAUGAUGGAGGAGGAGACAAGACUCAGACAGACUGUCCAAGAAAUGGGGGUGCUGUCCUCAGAGCAGGAGGUUUUUGAACUUCUACCUGACGAUGAGCGCCAGUGUCACAAGUGCAAGACAACCUGUUUCCUGUCUGCACUGACCUGUUCCUGCAGCCCUGACCGACUGGUCUGUUUGACCCAUGCAGCAGAUCUCUGUGACUGUCCACUCGGCAGCAAGUGUCUUCGGUAUCGCUAUGAUCUGGAGGAGUUUCCGUCCAUGCUGUAUGGGGUCAAGACACGGGCUCAGUCUUAUGACACGUGGGCAAAGAGGGUCACAGAGGCCUUGGCUGCCGACCAGAAAAACAAGAAAGAUCUUAUUGAGCUCAAGGUUUUGCUGGAAGAUGCAGAGGACAGGAAGUAUCCUGAGAAAGCUUUGUUCCGUCGCCUGAGGGAGAUGGUCAAAGAGGCCGAGACAUGCUCCUCUGUCGCUCAGCUGCUGCUCAGUCGCAAGCAACGGCACAGCAGCCGUUUGCGUUCGGAGAGCAGUCGUAACCGUACCAAACUGACAGUGGAUGAGCUCAAGGCCUUUGUGGAUCAGCUGUAUAGGCUGCCCUGCAUCAUCAGCCAAGCACGACAAGUCAAAGAGUUACUGGAGAAUGUGGAGGACUUCCACGAGCGAGCCCAGGUGGCACUGUCAGACGAGAUGCCUGACUCCUCCAAACUGCAGGCACUGCUGGACCUGGGCAGUGGCCUGGAUGUAGAGCUGCCAGAGCUGCCCCGACUGAAACAGGAGCUCCAGCAGGCCCGCUGGCUUGAUGAGGUGCGCGUCACCCUGGCCGAGCCUCACCGCGUCACCCUGGAGCUGAUGAAGCGGUUGAUAGACUCUGGGGUGGGCCUGGCUCCCCACCACGCUGUGGAGAAGGCCAUGGCCGAGCUGCAAGAGAUCCUCACUGUCUCCGAGAGAUGGGAGGAUAAGGCCCGCGCCUGCCUACAGGCCAGGCCUCGACACAGCAUGGUUACCUUGGAGAGCAUUGUGCUGGAAGCUAGGAACAUCCCAGCAUACCUACCUAAUAUUUUGGCCCUCCGAGAGGCCCUACAGAAGGCCAAGGAGUGGACAUCUAAGGUGGAAGCCAUUCAGAGUGGCAGUAGCUACGCUUACCUGGAGCAGCUGGAGAGCCUGCUGGCCAGGGGUCGCUCCAUCCCUGUCCGGCUUGAUCCACUGGCCCAGGUGGACUCUCAGGUGGCUGCAGCUCGAGCCUGGAGGGAGAGGACUGGUCGCACCUUUCUCAAGAAGAACUCCACAUACACACUACUCCAGGUCCUCAGUCCUCGCGUGGACAUCGGCGUCUACGGCAACAGCAAGAGUAAAAGGAAACGCGUCAAAGAGCUCAUGGAGAAGGAGAGAGGAGGCUUUGACCCCGACACCCUGAGUGACCUGGAGGAGAGCCUCGAAGAGGUGCGAGACCCUUCCACCGUCGUAGCAGCCUUCAAAUCCAAAGAGCAGAAAGAAGUUGAGGCUAUCCACUCACUCCGGGCUGCCAAUUUAGCCAAGAUGGCCAUGGCAGACCGCAUCGAGGAGGUCAAGUUCUGCCUUUGUCGAAAGACGGCCAGCGGCUUCAUGUUGCAGUGCGAGCUUUGUAAGGACUGGUUCCACGGAGCUUGCGUGCCUCUGCCUAAGACGGGAUCUCAAAAGAAAGCUGGUGUGGGUUGGCAGAGCAAUAGCAAAGACUCAAAAUUCCUGUGUCCGUUGUGUCAGCGGUCGAGGAGGCCGAGAUUAGAGACCAUCCUGUCGCUGUUGGUGUCGCUGCAGAAGCUGCCGGUGCGUCUUCCAGAAGGAGAAGCCCUCCAGUGUUUGACAGAGAGGGCAAUGAGCUGGCAGGACCGUGCACGUCAAUCUCUGGCCACGGAGGAGCUGUCCUCAGCCCUGGCAAAGCUAUCUGUGCUGAGCCAGCGGAUGGUGGAGCAAGCUGCGAGGGAGAAAACUGAGAAGAUCAUCAACGCCGAGCUGCAGAAAGCUGCCGCCAACCCGGACUUGCAGGGCCACAUCCAGACUUUUCAGCAGUCAGGUUUCAGCAGAGCUGCAUCCCCUCGCCAGUCCGUAGACUAUGAUGACGAGGAGACAGACUCAGACGAGGACAUCAGGGAGACCUACGGUUAUGACAUGAAGGACCCAGGCGAGGUGAAGCCUUACCUGUUCUGUGAUGAGGAGAUUCCUGUUAAGUCUGAGGAGGUGGUCAGUCACAUGUGGCCGGCUGCCACGCCCUCCUUCUGCGCCGAACAUGCCUACUCCUCAGCUUCCAAGUCCUGUGUACAAAACAUGAGCACGCCCAGAAAGCAGCCCAGGAAGACCCCUCUGGUACCUCGCAGCCUGGAGCCGCCAGUGCUCGAGCUGUCCCCUCAGGCUAAGGCCCAGCUGGAGGAGCUGAUGAUGCUGGGAGACUUGCUGGAGGUGUCCCUGGAUGAGACCCAGCACAUCUGGAGGAUCCUACAGGCCACGCACCCCCCCUCUGAGGAAAGAUUCCUGCAGGUAAUGGAGCCCGACGACUCUCUGAUGGAGAAGCCUCUGAAACUCAAGCUGAAAGAUUCAGAGAAGAAGCGGAAACGGAAGCUGGAAAGAGCAGAGCACCAUCACAUGCUGAUGGCUGCCGCCGCCGCCACCGGGGGGGCUUCAACAAUGGGUGAAAUGCGACCAACAAAGUCCAAAGAGCUUAAAAGGGUGGGUCUGGAACUGGGUCUUGGGGGCAAACCCAAGAAGAAGAAACUGAAGCUCAACCUCGACAAGAACCGGGAGAUGAAGCAGCUGGCCAAGCGGUUAGCCAAGGAGGAGAAGGAGAGGAAGAGAAAAGAGAAGGCAGCGGCCAAGGCAGAGGCCAUCAGGGAUGGGCUGGAGAAGAGGAAGGAGAAGAAGAUUCUUGACAUUCCUUCCAAGUAUGACUGGUCCGGGGCUGAGGACUCCAACGACGAGAACGCUGUGUGCGCUGCCAAGAAUUGCCAGAGACCCUGUAAAGAUAAGGUGGACUGGGUGCAGUGCGACGGCGGCUGCGACGAGUGGUUCCACCAGGUGUGCGUAGGCGUGUCCUGCGAAAUGGCUGAGAACGAAGACUACAUCUGCGUGGACUGCUCCCGGAAGGCUGCCGGGGCGGGCGGCGGAGCCAUUACUGUGGAGGAGGUGGCAGAGGAGAGUGUCAUAGUGCUGUCGACAUCAAUGUGCAGCAUGCAGAGUCUGCCAUCAUCGUCUGUCGUGGCCUCGUGGUCUCACCCGUCCUCCGUCUCUCAUCUGAACCCAGCAGCAUCACAUCAUCAUCAGCAGCAACAGCAGCAAGAGCCUCAGCAGGGCAGUUAGCGCUUAUAAAGAAACAGCCUAGGACUGAGUUUGAAUACUGUACCUCACAAAAUGAACACAAAACCUAGUAUCCAGGCUAGUGUUUCAACCUCUCAAGCUGUAAGACUGUAUAGUAUCUGAGAGGGAAAAAAAUAGCCCUUUUAUGAAUAAGCUUGAAAGAAAAGGGUGCCUAUCUGUAACUGCCUGGAUUAUAGAGCACAAGAAAGAAGAAGAGAGGAGUCUUACUGUCACCAUGUGGCUUCAGCAAUGACAUGUUCUUUCUCCGAGCGCUAAGAUCUGUUCAAAAGGUUGUUAGUACACACACACUCAACUUAGUCUUCCCUCAGCAGUUUUAGGUCUAAAAAAACAUCCACCAGCUAGUUCUGGGCUUUCCCCUGAACACUAACACAUAUUUGGUAUACUUACCUUCAAUCAAACAAACACCCACUUUCUCCAGCUGUUGUAUUCAGUGCAAACCAGCAAAUAAAGUGUCCCCUGUCGUGUUUUACUGGACAUCCUGAAUCUCCCCCCUCUGCCCUCUGCCUGGCCCUUCAGACAGUAACAUCUCAAUAUGUAGGACUCCAGACUAAAAAAAACACAAAUGGUUGUAAUGUAGUGGAAUUAUUUAUAAUGUACAUACUUUUAAGCAUUUAAACAAAUGGAUUGUGGCUUUUUUUGUUUUGUUUUCUCACCUUUAAUAAACAAUUCCUAGUCAAAUGAUU